CCCUCCUGGGCGUCAGCUCGGUUUGUUUUAGUCUGAGUACUUCAGAACCAAACAGUUCGUGCUCGGGACAACAUGAAGUUCUUUUUCUUGUUCUUUCUUCCCUUUGUUUCUCCAGUGAGACACUCCCUGAAAUAUUUUCUCACCAUGACAUCUGGAAUCCCAAACAUCCCAGAGUUUAUGGCUGUUGCACUGGUUGAUGAUCUUCAGUUGGGAUACUGUGACAGCAACAUAAAGAGGGCCAAGCCCAGACAGGAGGGCUUUGUGAAAGCAUUCGUAAAAGAUAAUCCAGAGGACCUGGAGUGGUACACUGGGAGGUGUUUUAUACUGCACAGUAGCUUCAGAUUCAGUCUGGUCAGUUUAAUGCGGCGCUUCAACCAAACUGAAGGUGUCCACACUUACCAGAGGCUGGAUGGCUGUGAAUGGGACAAUGAGACCGGAGAGGUCAAAGGUUUUCAUCAGUACAGUUAUGACGGAGAAGACUUCCUUGUAUUGGACCUGAACACAAUGACCUGGAUCGCUCCAGUGCCGCAGGCUGUCCCCACCAAACUGAAAUGGGACACUGAUGAAGGCACACUGCAGUUCAAUAAGAUUUUCUAUGGGCAUGUAUGUCCUGAAAAGCUGAAGAAGUAUGUGACUUAUGGAAACAGCUAUCUGCAGAGAACAGACCUCCCCUCGGUGUUUCUCCUCCAGAAGUCUCCGUCCUCUCCAGUCUGCUGUCAUGCUACAGGUUUCUAUCCUGAUAAAGCCGACAUAUUCUGGAGAAAAGAAGGACAGCAGCUUUUUGAGGACGUGGAUCACGGAGAGCUGCUCCCCAACCACGACGGAACCUUCCAGAUGAGUGUGGACCUGAACCUUUCAUCAGUCAAACCUGAAGACUGGGAGAAGUACGAGUGUGUGUUUCAGCUGGCUGGUGUCAAACACGACAUCAUCACCAAACUGGACAAAGACGCCAUCUGGACCAACCACGAGACACCCAGGGACAUCCGCGUCCCCGUCAUUGUUGCUGUUCUUGCACUUGUUCUGGCUGCAAUCGUUGGAUUCAUAGUUUACAAGAAGAAGAAAGGAGCGAAAUGUCCUCCGUCUCCUGACAGCAGCUCUGAGGCCUCACAGCACCUGAAUCCAGAUGCCACGACAACAUGAACACUGUUUUUGGAUUGAUGUCUCACUGGAAAAUGAGGAGACGUCAUCAUGCUCUUUAUUGUCAUAACUAUUUUGAUUACUUUUUAAUAACACGUGGAGCAGUAUUAUUCAACAAUUAUGAGUUAUUUUUUUUAAAUGCCAUCAUUUUUCUCUUUUAUGU